CUAGUUGUAGUUGUAUGACUGGUGAGAAGGCGCUGCAUCACGUUACGCAGCAAUCGACCGAUAAAGGGUAGGAACGUGUGUAUCGGUGUGUCUGUCUGGAGUAAACGUACAGAAUCUCUGUCCUGUGUAGUCUCCUGCCGAGAUGGGACUCCCUCCGUCACUGCCAAAGUUGCCGCGGCCGUCAUGGCGCUGAGGGCUCUCACCUGCACACACUCACACACAGGUUGAUUAAUCCACGGUAGCCACCAACACCAAUGCGUGUGAGGAGGUACCUCGAUCGUAUUGGUGUGAGUAAUCGGGUGGCGGAUAUGAAGGCUCUCGGCGCCGCCACUGCUGCAGCUGUUCCAGCUGUUGUCGCUGCCACUCCUGCUCGUGGACGGGAGGCACCAAAGGGAAGUCAUCGGGAUGACAAACGCCUCUGACACAGACAGACAGACAGACAGACACGCGCAUGCACAUCGAUGAAUGCAUCUCCGCGUGUCUGUGUGCGGUCGUGUUGCUCACUCGUUGAUGAGGUAUCGCUGCAGGAUUUCGAUGCGCCUCUCCUCCUCAACCAGACACGCCCUGUCCACCAGCACAUGGACCCGUGUGGAUCAGCAGAUGCAUCAUCCUUCUGCUGAUGCAUCCACUUACCUGAUCUGUUCUGUGGUGAGCUGCAUGCAACAAACACACGCAGACAGACACGGAGUGUGAUUCACUUGCAUCUCCGUCCGUGUGUUUCGAUGUGGGCGUGCACACCUGGCUGUCGUCGAUUCCGUAGAGCAACACCAU